UGUAAUAUUGAUAAGCAGUAAUUUUGUUGUAGAUAUUAUGUGCUUUAUACAACAGGGAAUAGAAAGUUAGCUUUGGAAAGUUGAAGUAAAAACAGAAAGUGCAUUUUGUAUUAACAUGUAUUUAUUUGAGCUAGUUUGUAUCGUUUCGUUUUUGCUUAUCACCGUAGUGGACACCGCAGAUAAUAAAAAGAAAUGCGCGAGAGGAGAGAUACCUGUCUUUUGUACAAAACAUGGCCACGACAGUGACGAAUGUGUCAAAGAUAACAGAAAUGGAAUGGACCAUGGUCACUGGAAUGUUGAUUUCAAGGGAGGUAAGCGUUGUAUCCUAACAUGUGAUUCUGGAUACAUUCCAAGUGGAUGUCACGUUCAACGAAAGUGGACCGAUAAUAUGCCGACAUGUAUAGAACAUCAAAACAAAUUGGAUGAUAAAUUUUCAACCUUUGGGCUUUUAGGUGGAGUUGUCGCUGCUGGUUUAGCAGUAACUGGCUUACUUGGUGUAAUACCUGCACUUGUACCGGCGGCUGUCGGUAUAGUUGGUUUACCUUAUCUAUCGGAUGCUUGUGAGGCAGAGUAA